CAUCAUUUCAAGGCAGUUUUCAAAUUAUGACUGCGCAGGCGAUGAAAAAAAAAAACACGGACACUUCUCAUUAGUGUUUGACUGCGGACCGUGUGUCAUGGGUGAACUGACGGCAUCUUUGAAGAUUAAUGGACACUUUGCAAAAUGAUGACAAAGGUGCAUAAACUUAGACAGCACUUACACAGAACUUUAUGAAGUACAUCAGUGGAGAGUUAUCAGGGCUGUCAGACUGCACUCGAUGCGCACAAGGCGCAUUUUCUAAGCUGAAGCUGUUGGAUUUAACGAUCUUUGUUUUAUUAUUAUUAUUAUUUAAUCUGUUUUUACUGGGAAGUUAUGGCACUAUAUGUUGUUUACUUAUUUACUCUAUUGGCGCUGAUUUUGCCUGGAGAUAUUUGGGGAGCAGGAACGUACGCGUCACGAAACACUCAACAUGUGGAUGAGAGUCAAUCUGUAUCAGCUGCACAGAGUGGAUCUAAGGUAACCAGCAGACACAGGAACUGGUGUGCCUACGUAGUAACAAAGGCUGUAAGCUGUGUAAUGGAAGAUGGAGUGGAGACGUAUGUGAAACCUGAAUACCAGCGUUGUGCUUGGGGCCAGUGUUCCCAUGUGGUUUUGUAUCGGACCUAUAGAAAACCACGGUACAAGGUUGCCUAUAAAAUGGUCACAGAGAUGGAAUGGAAGUGCUGUUAUGGGUACUCAGGAGAGGACUGCAGUGAUGGCAGGGGCAGAACUACUGGUGAAGAAGGGAGAAGUGACAGCGAAAAGAUUAGACAACUUGAAGAACAAAUUCAAAAUCUCCAGUCAACCUUAUACGACAUGAAUACGAAAUUACAGGAAGGGAUCAGUGGUGGCAACAAUCUGGCUGAUGCAGCCCAGCCAGGGAUGAGGGAGACCAUUCACAGCAUCCAGACCAAGCUUGACAUGCUGGACAACAUGACACAGGUCCAUGAUAGAACCCUCACCAGCAUCAACAACCACCUUGUGGGCGGCAAUGGAAUCGGAAAUGAGUUGGACAGUCGAUAUGGCACACUUAAAGAGGAGAUUCUCAGGGAGCUGGAAAGGCGGGUGACACUGUCUUGCUCGUCAUGCCAAACUGGAGUGGAGAGCAUUAAAAAGCAACAGCAGGAAGACAGAGAGAGGAUCCGAGCUCUGGAGAAGCACAUCAGUGUGAUGGAGCAGCACCACCAACAAACUGUAGAUUUGCUCAAGAAGGAACAAUCACACUAUCAGAGUUGCUGUGAUUCCCUGAGCGAUCUGGACAGGAGGCUUGGUGCCAUUGAGAGGAAGGUCAGUUCGACUGCAGAGACAUAUGAUAUCCUUAGAGGACGUCUUGAGAAAGAGUUGAGAGGAUCAGGCAAUGGCAAUGGCGGUCGGGGAAAAGCGCUUGAUGAAAAACUAAACAGCCGUCUUAGAGAACUGGAGAGAAGACUGAAUGGGACUGUUCGAAAAACUGAGCAAAAAUGCUCCCAUACUGAGACAAGUAUGAAGGAGUUUGUCAACCGAGAGAUCAGCCAGAUAAAGAAGUCUGUCCUCAGUCGAAACGAUGAUCAUGGUUAUAGAAUAUCUACCAUGGAGAUUGAUGUCCAAGACUUGAAGCAUUUCAUUAAUGACCACAAAAAUGAUCUGGAAAGGAUAGGUAACAAAACAACUGAUCUCGACAGCGGGCUCAAGUCAGCGAUUAAUUUGUGCACAGAGACGUGCGUUUCAAAAGGGAGUGAGACAGCAGAUACUGUGAAAAGCCUGGAAUGGAAGGUUGUUGCCAAUGAGGAGGACAUUAAGAAGUUUGACACCAAACUAAAGGAUUUAAGUGUGUCUGGUGACUCCUUAUUUGACCGUAUUAUAGAUCUCAGCCAAGACGUUCAAAAAAUUAAAGAUCUGACAGGACAUAACGGCGAGCACUUUAACCAAGUCGCCACCGAUGUGGAGAAUAUGUUACGUGAUUGUGACAUAUGCAAUACGAUAAAGGAAGAACUUAGUGCAAUAAGAAACAUAACCAGCCAUACUUUUAACACGUUCCAGGGAGAACUUUUAGAUUUACGCAGAAAAGUAGAUUCAGAUGAGUAUGCUUGCUCGCUGGUAUGCUCAAACCUCCAGGAGGAAGUGGGCAAACUGAAAGAAGAGGUUGAGAAAUGCACAGGCCAAUGCGUUAUCAGCAUGGCUAACCAUCAGAGGAACAUGGAUAAUCAAAAUACCAUAACUCGCAAGCUUGGCAAAGACCUCCAGUCCAUUCAGGGUGAGCUCACAGGGGUAAUCCAAACGUUCAGCUCCAUCAAUGACACUCUGAAAGGCCUCAGGAACACCAUACAGGGGCAUGAAAACUCUAUUUUUGAUCUGGACUCGUCUAAGGAAAGAAUUAACUCUGAAUUAGAUCAGAUUCAGGAUGAUUUGAACAAGCACAAAGUAGACAGUAAAGUGCGUUUCGAUGGCAUCAGUAGCUUUAAUAGCAAUUUGACGAUUGAAAUGGGAGAAUGCAAACUUUCUCGAGAAGGGCUGGAUAAGAGGCUCUCGAAGAUGGAGGAUGUCUGUGGUAGACUGGAUUCCUUGUCAGUAGACCUUCAGACAAUCAAAGAUGGCCUGAACAAACAUGUUUCUGGGCUUUGGACAUGUGUCAAUGACCUAAACUCCACAGUUAUCUCUCAACGUGAGACCAUCAACAGCAUUCAAAAUGUUGACUUAGAGAACAUUCAUGCCAAAAUGAACAACCUCAACUCUUCCAUACUGCAUGCUCUCAAGGAGUUCCAGAGCUUCACUGAAGAGGACUUCACUGGACCUCCUGGACCACCUGGUCCUCAGGGAGAGAAAGGAUCCAAAGGACCAGCUGGGCCUCAAGGACCCCCAGGCAGAGAAGGACCACAAGGGAAAGUAGGACCAAUAGGACCCCCAGGCCUCAGAGGUGAACAUGGACCUCCUGGAGAGGAUGCAAGUGUCCCAAGACUGUCAUUCUCAGCAGCACUCACACGAACGCAACCCAGUGCAGGGACUAUUGUCUUCAACAAGGUCUUUGUCAAUGAAAGAAAGGCCUACAAUCCAAAGACAGGUAUGUUCACUGCACCUGUGAAGGGGCGAUACUUCUUCAGUGCAGUCCUGACAGGUCACAAGAAUGUCAAGAUCGAGGCAGUCUUGUCUAAAUCCAAUUAUGGAAUUGCCCGCGGAGAUUCAGCAGGCUAUCAGCCUGAGGGUCUUGAGAAACCCAUGGCAGAGGCACGGCUCACUCCUGGCUCCCUGGUCAUCUUCAACAUCAUACUUCCUCUGGAAAAGGGAGAUACUGUCUGCAUUGACCUGGUCACAGGUAAACUUGCCCACUCUGUGGAGCCCCUUACGAUCUUCAGUGGGAUGUUGCUCUAUGAGGAAGGUGACAGAUUGUAAGACCCAUCUGAGGACAAUGUCAGAUGUAAAAAUUUGUAUCUGGACAUAACUUUUUUGAAGAACAGUUCUACAUAUUCAGUGUUGAAUAAGGUUUAUAAUACAAACUAAAUGCAGGUUUGAUUUAUAACAGGCCAUAAGGAAACACAAGAUGGAUAUAUUUUUUCUCCAUUAUCAGAAAAAUGGACAGAGAUUUUUUUUUAUAUGGUUAAGUAUUUUUACAUUUAUUCUUGAAUAGCAAAUCAUAUAUUUUCAUAUACUGUAUGUGAGCAGCCAUGUUUGCUUAUAUUAAAAUGCAACUGAGAACGGCAAAGAUCUUUCUAAAAAAAAAAAAUAGCACAUACAUGUCACUUCUUGCCCCAGAAGUGAAUGAGUGACUGUCAAACUGGGAUCGGACUCAAGUAGAAUAUUUUACAUAAUUAUCAAUAACCUAACACAAUCUUUACUUGAUCUGACCUUACAAACCUUCAUCAUAGUAAUUAUUUUAAUGUAUAAAGAUACUGUGUGGUUGUCAGCAGCGUGUUGCUAGACCCUUGAAAUACUCAUAUGCCCCAGUAAACAUUACUGAGAAAUACUGAGAAUGGAGAUUACCAUUUACUGACACGAGAAUCAUUUUGCCUGAAUAUUUCAGCAAUUAUCAUCAUCACAAUCAUCAUCAUUCUAUCAGCUAUUUACAAUCAUAUGCCAGAUUCAGAAAUUAAGCACUCUUGAGCUAACUGGUCAAAUGGUUUUGCAAAAAGGUCUGAAUUUGUUUUUGAUUCAUUCAGACAGUUCACUCAUACACUGAAUCGUAUACAGCAUUUUCUCAAACGAAAAGUAAAACAAAAAGAGCACUGGAUGAGGUGGAUCUUUACCUACAAUACAGUGAAAAAACAAACCUUGCAAAUGAGAAAAUAUGGAUCUGUGUGUACUGUUGGUGUGGUUUCAGUUUAAAACGAGGAAAGAUGUUUUUCCCUUCAGGUUUUUUAGAGAUGGAUACAAUAAAUAUUACACAUGAUAUUUUCUAUUAUUUCCUAUUUCAUCACUGUGUUAUUCACUUAAUAAUUAACUUAACAUUUCUUCACUUAAUCUUCAAAUUUGGAAAAGUAACUAUAAAAGGACAAAUUCAAAAAAAGCAGGCUGUGCAGAGAGGGACAUUUUUAAACAUUCCACAGGCUAUAGAUCAGGAAAUUUCUGUAACCCAUUGUCUGGUGACUCUUCCAAAGAAAACUAUCAAAGCUUUUUGUGCUAGAUGCAGAAAAGAUUUCACCCGAGCUAUCUUUUUGUCAAUGGAUUUUUAUUUUCUCUCAUUGGACCACUCUCUUUGGAACAUUUUUAUGUUCUCCAAAUCUAACAGCUCAGAAUCUUGGUGGUCUAUGCCUAAUAUUUUCUUUAAUACAAAGGGAUUUAAAAGGACUUUGCACUGAGUAGCCUACUGUGAGAUCAAACCUUGACCAUUCAGUCCAUUUUAACCCUCAGAAGAGGGGAAUUCCUUAAAAGGUCUUCAUAAAUGUUACUUCUGAAUGCUUCAUUUUGCAGUAAGACAGGUGAUUUGCUCAAUUUCCACUUGGGACCAGGUUAUAUCAGCUGUCCAGGCAUAACAUGAACCAUAUAUUCAAAUCUGACAUUUUUAAGUUUCUUCUCACUACAGGCAUUACACAACAGUAUUAUAAUUCCGCAAAUAAAGUGUAUCUGACUGCUGUGCAACCCAAACAGUCCUCAGAUUAUUUUCAGCACAAAAUGUUUUCAUAAUCAUAACUUCUUCAAAGCUGAAUGCUAUAUAUUGAAUAUAGAGUAUAUUUGCAAUGCUAAUUGUUAAAUAAAAUAUUUUUCAAAAAUU